GCAGAGAAUGUAUUGUCAAGAGUGGAACCUUUACCCAAUUCGGCAGGGGAUACCAGUUCACUGUUCACUGACAUUGCUCUUCCAGAUCAAGUGGCUCAUGAUCCUUACAAACAGCUGUUAUAUAUAAAAGCUAUACGAACGGGAAAAGAAAGAGAAAAUACUCUUCGCAUUAAUAUCGUCGGUAAUUACUCGCAAGGUAAAACGUCUUUAGCAAACAGAUUGAUUGGAAGGUCGUGCGAAGGAGUCACAACUACAAACGGUAUAGAAGUCAACAGAUACAAAUGUCCAAUAUCUGGUGAUGGAAACUUUACACUAAAAGCGUUAGAAAAUAAAAGUCAAGAAUUUGGUAUUCGGAUUGCGACUGUAGCCCGUUCAAAAGAAAUAACAAAAACAUUGGAAAGGCAAGAAACAAAUUUAGAAGAAUGCGAUCGUUCAGAGCAAAAAAUAACCAGACAUGAAAUUUCACAACCACCAAAGCAACGAAUCGAGACACUAUUCAGUUGUUCCAAGGAAGCUGUACAAGAUAUUGUCAAGCAUUCUUCAAUGAAAAUACCUGAGGCUAGAAAGAAAAAACGUAUGGCAAUGUCUUCUGAAGAGUUAGUAACAUUUUCUGAAACAAUAGAAAAGCAAAAACACACACCACCAAAAUUUAUUGAUAUAUGGGACUUUGGGGGUCAAUACAUAUAUCAUGCAACUCAUACGUUAUUUCACAGCAGUACAGCGUUAUACCUGUUAGUUUUUGACUUGACAAAACCUUUGGAUACCAUUGUGAGGGACGAAGAGUUUCCGGGAGAGACGGAAGAUAGGAAUAUGGAAUAUUUUGCAAGAUUUUGGUUAGAAUCAAUUAAUGCAUACGUUGGUUCAGGUCCACAAGUUAUACUUGUUGGUACGCACAAAGACAAACUUGAGGGAUAUGAUCCAUCAGGAAAAGAGUAUUUUGAAAAAGUAAGAUGUUUAUUUGACAAUACUGAGCUUCUGACGCAUAUCCAGAAGGAACAGUUUGCUGUUGAUAAUUAUGCUAUUUCAGAUCCUGGCAUUUCAGACCUCCUUGAAUUGAUCUCAAAGAAGCAUGAAGAGCUAGCAGAGCCUAUCGAGGUUCCUGCACGUUGGAUACCACUAGAAAAAGCUCUAAGGGAAUGGCAGGCGUCCAAAAUAAUCUCACUUCAAGACGUGAUAGAGCUAGACAAAGAAAAUAAGUAUCCUUUGCAAGAUGAAGAGCAGAUAAAACUCUUUCUUCACUAUCAUCAUGAAAAAGGCACAUUUUUCUUCUACGAUGAAGGCAGUUUUGUUUGUCUUGAUCCAAAGUACUUGAUAGAUGCUUUUAAAUGCGUAAUUACUUCAGAACAUUUCUACAAAAAUGACCCUGAGAUUCGUCCUCUUUGGCAAACUUUGUCAAAGGAAGGCCGACUAUCGCAUCGUCUUAUUGACAAGGUGUGGUCAAACAGUGGUCCGGAUUUCAUGAAACAUAAAGAUGCUCUUCUUGGAUUUUUGAAGAAACAAAACAUUAUAGCAGAAGUAGUAGAAUACAACGCAAAGUCGAAAGAAAAGAAGCAACAAGAUUGGUUCAUUGUUCCAAGUUUACUCAAGAACCAUAGCUCGAAUGAGAAAAUGAAUUGUUUUCUCAAUUUGAAAAAGCAAUCACAAGUUAGAUUUUCGAUGAAGUUUGACAAACCAUCAAGUGUGCAUAUGAUCUACACUAAAAUCCUCGCUGCGGCCCUUGGAAUCAUGCCCGUAGUAAACUGUCGCGAUAAACAGUUGUUAUUUGAAAACGUUUGUAUUUUGAAACUCCGUAGAAACCAUGCAGGAAUUUUAGAGAAGAGGACAGACAGUGGGACAAUAGAACUAAGAGUUGUAAAUUUACUGCCCAAAUCAGUUGAAAGUCACUGUGCUGGCGAGUUUAGACGUUUUGUUGAAUCUGUCGUUCUGAAUGAAUUCAGAAGAGUGAAUUAUCACAAGGGAGGAAAGGACAAAAUGUUUUCAUCUGCCUACAGAUGCAAUCAUGCGGAUCACGGCCCAAACGGAGGUAGUCGGUUAACUUAUUUUGAAGAAGAUGAGGAUGUAUUUUGCCCAGAUAACGUCACCCAUGAAAGCUUUGACUACAAAAGGGCAAAAGAAUGGUUUUCUGAAAACACAAUUGGGGAAGUGUUUCCGAAUAUGCAGUUAACAGAAAAGACCCUCAGUAAGUUGGCUCAGUUUGCUAUUGGGGAAAACUGGCAUCUACUGGGACCUGAACUUUACAUUAACAGAGCCGAAAUCGAUCAUAUUGUAGAACAACACAAAAGCAUUGAGAUGCAAAUCUAUAAAAUGCUUCUGAAAUGGAAAGACAGAUCGACAGACAAAGCGACGUUGGAUAUGUUAGUUGAAGCGAUAAAGAAAUGUCCAGGCGUGAGCAUUUACUGGGAUGAAAUAAAAAACAUUAGAGACAAAUAUCUAAGAGAAUAGAAAAAGCAAACAACUGAUCUUAUUCAGCCACUAUCAAACAAGACUGUUCAAGUCAAUCAGACAUUGACGUUGGAGUGUGAAAUAACUUCGUCUAAUGUCUUAUUCACGUGGUUUAAAGGCGACGAACCUAUCACACAAGAUGGUCGUAAAAGGAUAUCGUCAAAUAAGGGCAUUCACCAACUUGCUAUUAAAGAUGUGAAAAUAGAGGAUACUGGGAAAUACGCAUUACAAUUUGUCGAGUCUAAAACAGAAUGUAUCGUUAAAAUCGUAGACCCAUAUGGGAAUUUGAAGUUCGUUAAAGAACUCAUAGAUAUAGAAGUAAGAGAUACAAAUAUCCCUGUAACAUUUACCUGCGAACUCAAUACAAGCGAAGCCCAGGUGGAAUGGUACUACCGUAAUCAACUUUUACAUCAGUCAAACAAGUAUACAAUAACAGUGGAUGGAUCUGUUCAUAUGCUGACUAUAGAGAAUGUUUCAGAGAGGGAUGAAGGCAAAUACAUGGUAUUAGCAAACGGACAUAUGUCUGAAGCUGAACUCUACAUCGAAGAAACUGAAGAAGAAAGAUACCUGGUGGAACAACUAAAAAACAUACGGGAAGGUUAGAUUUAUAUACGUACCUUAUGUAAUAAGUUUUCAGUGGCAAAAUUUUAUAAGUCAGUUUGUUAGUCCAUUUCCGAA